UAUCAGCUGAGUUUUUGCUUAUGUUUACUUUUUACUCAGGCAAGGUUCUUCUUUCAACAAUUGAUAUCAGGGGUUAGCUACUGCCAUUUCAUGCAAAUUUGUCAUAGAGAUCUCAAAUUGGAAAACACUUUACUCGACGGAAGUGCUGCACCACGGGUCAAAAUAUGUGAUUUUGGGUACUCCAAGUCAACUGUCUUUCAUUCUCAACCUAAGUCCACUGUAGGGACGCCUGCAUAUGUAGCACCAGAGAUCCUAACAAAGAAAGAAUAUGAUGGGAAGCUUGCAGAUGUUUGGUCAUGUGGAGUCACCUUAUAUGUAAUGUUAGUUGGAGCUUAUCCAUUUCAAGAUUCAAGUGAUCCAAAAAACAUUACAAAGACUAUUGCUCAAAUACUCAGUGUCCGCUACUCAAUUCCCGAACAAAUCCAAAUUUCCCACGAAUGCCGCCAUCUCUUAUCCAGGAUUUUUGUGGCAGACCCUGAAAAGAGAAUAACCAUUCCGGAAAUUACAAAGCAUCCCUGGUUUUUGAAGAACUUGCCAGUGGAACUGAUGGAAGGAGGAAGUUACCAGUGCGUCGAUGUAAAUAACCCCUCCCAAAGUAUGGAAGAAGUUUUGGCAAUAAUACAAGAGGCUAGAGUUCCUUUGCAGGUAUCAAAGGGUGGAACAAAUUCUUUUUGGGGCAGUAUGGAACUCGAUGAAUUAGAUGAAGCUGAUAUUGACGAUAUAAUUGAAAAUAGUGGUGAUUUUGUUGGUCAAUUGUGAUGUAAGUACACAAUAAUAUAAUUACCAAAAGGGUGAAUGUGUAAUGUGCUGUAUUUUCCAGAAUCGACUCUCAGAGUUCACCCUAUAAUUUGCUGAUAGUUUGUAUUUUUGACUUGGUAAAGAGUGUUUACUACUUUUUGAAACCA